UCAAUUUGAUAGAACACACGUCAAAUUCCGAUUAGUCAUUUUAUUUUUCAUUAAAUUAUUAUUAUAUUUUGUUUUAUAAAAUCAAUUAAAUAAACUACAAAUUAUAAGAAAUUAAUAAUAUAAAAAUCACCAUUCAAGAUGGUGUAUAUUGGAAGAGAUGGUCAAGUGCUGGAGCGACGACCUUGGUCCAUAGAACGAGUGAUUGGCAUCUUCACCAGCUUUUUUGGCUUUGUUCUGGCAUUUUUCCGAACAUUAUUAGCUCCAUUGCUUGAUGCCCAAAACAAUGCUGGACGCAAUUGGGGAAGUGGCGGCGGUGGUGGUGGAGGAGGUGGCGGCGGUGGAGGUGGCCCCGGCCGUGGAAAUGGACCCAGACCAAAUAGAAGAAUAGGUCGAAUUAUGACCAUUCCUGAUUGUACCGUUCCUGGAGGUGGAUGAUCUCGGUAACGUGUCCAAGACAACACAAGUGUGCUUUUCUAGUCACAUUUCUUGGACACAGUCGACCAUCUUUUUGAGAUGAUUUCAGCAUUUUUAUUGCUCGCAUGACGAAAUGCUCUUAAAUCCAUCAUUGGAAGGAGUAUUUCUGAAUUUUACAUCUCAUUCAAGACGGUUUUAGUUAGUUUAAGGUUUUUCAUUUCUAUUUUCUUAGUUUCACUUUGGUCUUCUAUUAACUUUCCAGAUUUCUUUCUACUAGUUUAUUAUUAUGUGCAAUAGGCAGGCAAACUCAAGGUUACACUGUUGAGGUGUAUAAAUAAUGUACAUAAUAGGAAAUGAAAUAAAUUAAAUAUUUGUAUUCAAACUUAAA